GUCCACCCCAGUGGCCGCCUUUAAACCAGUAGAUGACAAAGGAGGACACGAGAAAAAGAGAGCAAGAAAUCGGGCCGAAAGGAAGAGGAAACCGCGGCUAAUUUUUCACCACCUCGCACUGUGCAGCCGACCUUGCCAGCCAACCCAUCACGUUCGUCUCUGCACUCCGUCCUCGUGGUACAGUCAACGCACACAACACAUAUGCUCCCCCCCUCCUUCUCUCUCCUCCUCCCUCUCUCCUCCCUCUCUCUUUCUCUCUCUAGCUAAGCCAUGGCCAGCACGGAGGAGCCCAACAGGCCACCCGCCUCCUCCUCCUCCCUCUACGACUCCUCCUCCUCCCCCACCCAGCCCCUCCUCUCCACGCCCCCGCCCGAGGCGGACGGGCGGCCCGAGUCCGAACCCGACCCGACCCAGUACCUCCAGAUCACCUACAACUACGGCCCCCGCCCCUUCAAGGACCUCCCCUUCCUCGUCCUCUUCCUCCUCGCCGCCCUCCUCACCUUCGGCUUCGGCAUCUUCGCCAGCUUCCACCGCAACGCCGACUACUCCGACCUCUCCUCCUACUCCUACAACUCCACUUCCUCCUCCUGCGUCGACAGCUCCACCGCUUCCCUCGCCCGCCCCCGCCACGCCCUUUAUGUUUCCUCGUCUCUGUCUUCCAGCGCGCUGACGGAUUUGAUAUGGGUCCUCGUCAUUACUCUGAUCUUGAGCGUGCCCAUUUGCUUCUCGCUCCUCCUCUUGCUCAAGCACUACGCCAAGCAGGUCGUCUACGCCUCGCUGCCCUUCUUCGUGCUGCUGCCCGUCUUCUUGAACGUCUACUGGUUCGUCGCAUGCACCGUCAGCUCCAGCUGCAGCGACGAUUUCCCCUUGGUUUACAGGAUCUUGGUGCUGGUGUUCGUGUUCCUGGUCGUUGCGGUGAUCGUCUGGAUCUUCGUGGCUAAUUGGCACCGAAUCGAGCUCACCGUCAGGAUAAUUCGGGUCGCCUCCGAUGCUCUGUCGAGGAAUCUGGCCUUGUUUUGGGUGUUGCCCUGUAUGACUCUCGGCCUGUUGAUUUACUAUGCUCCCAUUAUCGUGUUCUUGGUGCUCGCCAGGCAAAAUGGGGAUAUCGUCGCGACCGAAUCGGACGGAGAGUACACCUGUGAGUGGAAGCAGGAUAGUUGGGUGCCUGCUUAUUUCGCAUUGGCGAUCCUUACUAUGCUGUGGUCUUUGACGGUGGCGAUCGAAGCUCAGGUCUAUGUGAUCAGCGGGACCAUUGCCCAGUGGUACUUCUCCAAGGAGGAUACGCCUCCGAGGAAGAGUAUUAGAAGUUCUUUAAGGAAUGCUUUUGGUCCUUCCUCGGGAACAAUAUGUCUCUCUGGAUUACUUAUUUGUGUAGUUCGUAUGGUGCGGACUAUAGUUGAUGGUGCAAAACGGGAAGAUGCCCCUGGAUUCGUGAACAUUGUGCUCCGUUGCUGUGUUAACGCCUUUUUAUGGGCUAUUGAAUUCUUAAAUAAGUUCACCAUAACCUUUGCGGCCAUAACAGGUGAAGCCUACUGCACAUCUGCUAGGAUGACAUAUGAGCUUUUGAAGCGCAAUCUCCUUUCUGCUGUCUUUGUGGAGACUAUUUCAACCCGAUUACUAGCAGGGAUUGUUUUUGUAUUCUCAGCAAUAUAUGCAGUUGUGGUCUGGGCUAUUUUAGAAGGCGUAAGCGACCUUGGAGUGGACUCUUACCUUGUGGCUGUUCUGGCAUGGGUGCUGCUGAUUGUGGUGCUGGGCUUCUUUAUCCAUGUUUUGGAUGAUGUGAUAGACACCGUGUACGUGUGUUAUGCUGUAGAUAGGGAUAGAGGGGAAGUCUGUAAACAGGAUGUCCACGAGGUCUAUGUUCAUCUUCCCCUCAGUAGAAACAGUAGGUCGUCUCUCGUCUCGCGGAACCUUGCUGUAUGAGUAUUCAUGUUUCUGUGAUUCUGUAUUUCCAAUUUGUUCUCUGUGAAGUUAUAACUGCCCAGUUCGCAUGUUCAUACCUUCAAUUGUUGGAUUGUACAAUUUUGAGGCUGUCAAUAAAGAGAGUGAUUCUUUUGGCAA